UUUUGUCGUCUCAGCUCGCUCAGAGCCAGCCAGCAGCAGACAUUCACUUUAUUUAUGUGUCAAUAUUCUAUGAACUUAUUCAUCGUAUGUAAUUCUCCCCGUUUCCUUGAAGUAAAAGCUGACUGUCGAGAGAUUUUACCAUGGUUUGUGAAAAAUGCGAGAAAAAACUUGGAAAGGUCAUAACCCCAGAUCCAUGGAAAUCAGGAGCCAGAAAUACCACAGAGGGUGGAGGGCGGAAAGUUGGUGAAAACAAGUUACUGACGGGCAAGAAAGCAAGAUAUAACCCAUACACAACACAAUUCAACAAGUGUCGAAUCUGUAAGCAGUCUGUACAUCAAGUUGGCUCCCACUACUGCCAAGGAUGUGCAUAUAAAAUAGGAAUCUGUGCAAUGUGUGGCAAGAAGAUCUUGGACACCAAGAAAUACAAGCAGACAUCUGUAUGAGCCGAACCCUUCACAUCCAGAGUCAGACGUUUGAACUGAGACUAAGAAAAGACUUGAGAAGUAUCUAUAAUUAGAGAACUUCUUGGAGGAGUGCUGGCUUUGAAGAAACCCCAGUUAUGGUUAAAAUUAGGGUUAGAGACAGAGACCACACUGGAUUAGAGAUCACACUGGCUCUUGUUCACUUGUUAUAGUUUGUUCUGAUUUGUCCACCAUAGUGUUAGCCAGAGGGGUGUUUGGGUGUCUUUUUGACAUGCUGUUUAAAAUCUGGACACCCUGUUUCAUCUGUCAUUUACAAACAUGCAUAUGUACAUGAAUUGCAAUUGAACCAUUCGGACAGGCAGUUUUUAAAUUGCCAUCAAAUCUGGACACCCUUUGAUCAAAUCCCGACUAAAACCUUGUUUUCCACACCAUGUAAAGCUUCAAACUUCAAUUCAAAAAGACUCCAUUUGAAAAGGG